GGGCUGCUGUGCUCUUUCCAGGAGUGCUUUGUGUGUCGUGAGAGCGGGGCCACCAUCACCUGCCAGGAGAUGGUCUGCGACCUCAGCUUCCAUCUCCCCUGUGCCAUGGAGGGUGAAUGCAUCACCCAUUACAUCCCACCGCACAGCUGCUAUUGCUGCGAGCACCGCCCACAGCAGCAGAAGGAGGUGGCUCCAGAGAACACCACCUGCCUCACCUGCCUGAACCCUGUUGUUGGCAGAACAACCUACAGGACCAUGGUGUGCCCAGUGUGCAAACAUGCCUGGUUCCACAGGGCCUGCAUCCAGAGACAGGCUCUUAGUGCCGGCCUUUCUUGCUUAGGGUGCCCUCUCUGUAGAAACAGGAAUAUAUUUCUCAUGGAAAUGCUCUUCAUGGGGAUCCAAAUCCCCGUCAGAGAAGCGUCAUGGGAGCACAACAGUGCAUACGCGCCACUGCACCAGAGGCACAGCAGCUGCAAUGCCGGGGAGUGCCUUUGUCCAGGAGGCAGGGAGGAGGCAGAGCCAGAGGGGCCCUGGCAGCUGCUCCUGUGCCACUCCUGCGCUGCUGAGGGCACGCACAGACGCUGCGCCAACUUGGAGAACAGCAGCGAGAGAUGGGAGUGUGACAGCUGUGCUGGCGUGGGCACCUGUAAGUGUCAAAGCACCUGGAUGUGCCGGGGAUAG